AUGGAUGCAGUGCAGGACAGUGAUGAAGAGGAUGGCAUAGAAAAACCACUACGGUCUCAUGAAACCUAUUUAUGUCAGGGCUUGAAACAGCUAUAUGAGUCUCAACAACUCUGUGAUGUCAUCUUGGGUGUUGAAGGAAGGAGCUUUCCUUGUCAUAGGAUGCUACUGGCAUCAGUGAGCCCUUAUUUCCGAGACAUCUUCGUCAAUUCCAGCCUUGAGUCUCAGAAUGGGGAAAUCCAACUCAAGGAUAUGGCUGCCUCCACACUCCACAGCCUGCUGGACUAUCUCUAUACAGAAGAGCUCUCCAUCACAGCAGAGACCGCCCAGGACCUCUUCACAGCAGCUAGCAAGCUCCAGAUUCUUCCUCUGAAAGAAAUGGUUGGAAGGUUUCUAGAGAUGAACAUCUCUAUGAGCAAUUGCCUCAGCCUUUACAGCCUGGCUCACCAACACAACCACGACGCUCUGAUCCAAGCGGCCUUGCGCUACAUCAAGCAACACUUUGGGCCCCUUGCGAAGCAGGAUGCCUUCUUGAGCCUCGAAUACGGUGCUUUGACCGAACUCAUCUCCUCAGACAGCCUGGAGGUGCCCUCUGAACUGGCCGUCUACCAGGCUGUGCGCAACUGGGUGGAGUCCGCCACCUCGGCUCGCCUCCCGCUGUUUAAGGAGCUCCUCGGACACAUCCGCUUCCCGCUGUUCAGCCACGAGGAGCACAUGGACGUCCAGGCGGAUAUCGCAGAGUAUUACAGGCACGUGCGCCUGAGGUGGAAAGAGCUGGACGGAGCCGGGAGGCUGCAGGAGAGCGGGGGGCUCAGAAAGGGCAUGUACGACGACUGUUUUGUGUGCGUGGAGGUCAAUGAAAACAGGACCCAGGAUGGGGAUGGCCCAGAAUCUUACCUGCACUGCUUUGACCCAAGUGCAGAGAAGUGGGAAAAACUGCCCCCCUUGAAAUACCUGAGCUAUUCCGGAUGCGCCUCCGUGGACUGCAAACUUUACUUGUCUGGAGGUCAGAAGGACAACUGCACUUUUGUCGACUCCCUGCACGAGUACAAUUCCUUGACCGGUCAGUGGACCCAGCUGCCAUCCAUGUCCACAGCCCGGGCACUGCAUCCCUUUCUAGCCUGCAACAACACACUCUAUGCUCUGGGGGGCUGCAACGACACAGGCUCUCUGUGUUCUGCCGAGGCCUUCAGCGUGGCGCAGAAUGCGUGGGCCCCGAUCUCCAACCUGCCCCUCGCCUUGAUGUACCCUGCGUCAGCCGUGCUCAAAAACAAGCUCUACCUCAUUGGGGGGAAGGCCUCCAAGAGCUAUCGGGGCCUUCUCAUCUAUGACACAAAUGCCGACUGGUGGACUGAGGUGCCCAUGGAAUUCGCCUGCUAUGGAGCAGCUGCCCUCUCCGUCGGUACCGGAAUGUAUGUUUUUGGUGGAUACACAGAGGAACGGGGCAGUUUCCUGGCCCAUGGUGUGAUGGCCACCGAAGAGGUCCCUUUCUGCACCAAAGGGAGCUUUUACCUCUAUGAAAAUGGCAGAGUGAGCUGGGAAAUCAGUAUACCAGAGCUGCCAGUGGCCCUGGCCUUUGCUUGCGCACUUGAGUGGCAAGGCAAGAUUUACCUGUUAGCAGGCAAAGAGGAGCAACGUAUCUAUAAGACAUGUUACAGCUGGGUACCAGAGGACACAAGUUGGACUCAGUGCCCGGAGGAAAUCCCUACGACCAACAACGAGAUGCAAAUAUUCAACAGUGCAACCUUGAAGAUGCCCAAAAAGCCAAUCCGGACCCUUCUGCUAGAGACAACAGCGACCUCGGCUGUGGUUGGGGUGGAUGGUGCCAAGAAAGGACCGCUAACCUCUUCGGCUAGAGAGGGCUGCAGCCUGAACUGCUGUUGGGGUGGAAGUUAA